UUUCCUGUCUUUUUUUCUUCCUCCCAUGGGCUUCACAUAAUAUGUAUAUAUAAUUUAUAUAGUUUUUCGUUUUGUUUCGUAUACAUUGGUUUUUGUAGAUAUUGACAAUGGCCACUAUUUUACUUUUUUAAAUUUACAUAAACAUAGGAAAUAAUAAAUUGGUUUUACGGGCUUUGGGUAAUCUACAGAGUGUUUAACUUUUUUAGUUGAGUAGUUUUCUUAUAUUCUAAUCCAACGUUAGUUUCAACUCAUUUAUUCAAUGCUCCAUGCUAUGAUAUAACUUCACACAGCUACGUAUAUAACAACACUUUUUCCAACUAAUUUUUCACCACUAACUUGUUAGAAAUUUUAAUGUAACGUUUGUUUCAGUAUAUAUAUAUAUAUAUAUAUAUAUAUAUUCAACCAAAAUAUUUUGUUUUAGUAUCAUACUAGAUUUUUUGACAGUUCAGUUGCGUCUUCCGUCCCGCGACUUGCGACUCGCGAUUCCCAACUACGCAGACCAUGGUUGCUUCUCCUGAUAACUAUUUGUUUUAUUGGCACUAUAUGGUUUGGCUAUGAAGAACGACAUUUGAAAUUUCCCCAAUUUAACUGUUAGCAAUAUGAUUAAAAACUCAUCCUCCAAAAAUUGAUACGUCACGAGUGUUUACUAGUAUGGAACAUUCUGAAUGUAUUAAUAAUGCUCUCAAAGUGAUAAAAACAGACGUUCGAACGUUCGAAUUGAAAUAGUCUUUCUAACCGUUUGAAAAGAGUUAAACAGGUGUUCGAAACUACAAAAACACUCCGAACAACACAACCAGAAGACAGCCUUUCUACAGACAGUUUAAACAUGUGAUUCUACGGACUUCAAAAAUUGCAGCAAGUAAGAUCAUCUCGAAAUGCUCGACUUCAACUUGAAUUGCUUGAAAAUUUGUAUCCAGCUCCCCAACUGCAACACGUGGAGUUUCCCCGUAAAACGAGCAACACUCUCUGUGAUCUGCUGCAACAAGGUGCUCGCCAGCUGACCGUAUCGACAAAUUUCAUCCUCGUCGGCUCUGAUCAAGACGUUUUCCAAUGUCAGGCAGAUGGUCCUUAAUGGUUGCCCUUGAAGAAUUACAUUGAGCUUUGAUAUGAAGCUCUGGAAUUUAAGGAGGCGGCAUACUAUUUUACGAAACUCUAAUUUAUGGCUUACCAAUUUCACUCGGCUCACGUUACUAUCAUUUGCGGCCAUCAUCCGGAGCCCGUCGAUUUGCUCACGAAGCUUCACUCGGAAGGCGUUCAAAUUGGCAAUGUUUGUGGCACACAAUUUUGAAUUCGGCCCGCCAAUUAGAGGAUUAAGCUGUUAAAUAUUAAUUCACUGUGAACAUUUUUUUUAAAAAUCAAUAUCCUAUCUAUUUUUCCCUUUACUCACCAACGUGUUUAUACUCUGCAAGAUAUUUACGAUUCCUUCCACACUUUCGAUAACUGCAUGGAACUGUGAAGAUACAUCUCUACACAACAUGAGAUGAAGAUAAUCUGUAAUUGUGAAGUUUUAUAACGAAUUUUCAAAAAAAAAUAUAACGGUUUCAUCCGAAAUACUCA